AUGUCGUCUCACUACACGACUGAGCCUCCUCCGACCGCAUCAGUUCUCCUCCACACGACCGCGGGCCCGAUUACGAUAUCCCUGUUCGCGAAACAGACACCGUUGACAUGCCGGAACUUCCUGCAACAUGUCAUUGACGGAGACUAUACGGACAACAUCUUCCACCGCGUGUCGCCGGGGUUCGUCAUUCAAACAGGGGACCCUACCGGAACAGGAGAAGGCGGGCAGAGCAUAUACGAAGACCGCGAGUUUGAACAGUAUGACGAGGACUGGGCGAGAGUCAUGGGGCGGGAGAAGGACGAGAAGAUCACGUUCGGGGACGAGUUGCACAGCAGACUGAAGUUCAAUCGGAGAGGGUUGGUGGGUUUGGCCAAAGGGACGGGUGACGGCCCCGGGGGUGGUUAUGGCAGCCAAUUCUUCAUCACACUGGGUGACUGCAGGGCCGAGCUGGAUGGCAAAUGCACCAUGUUUGGAAGGGUCGAGGGAGAUGGCAUCUACAACGUGGUCAAGGUUGCCGAGGGCGAACUGGCCGAAGGCACCGAGAGGCCCUUAUACCCUGAGAAGAUUCUGAGAGCCGAAAUCAUCGAAUUGCCCAAGGGAGACGCAUGGCAAAAGCUGCGGAAGAGAGAGAAAGUGGCCCAACGUGUCGUGGAGGCUCCUGUUAAGAAGAAGGCGCCGAAGAAAAAGGGCGGAAAGACCCUGCUCAGUUUCGGAGGCGACGAGGGCGACGACGACGCCGGCCAAGUCGCAGUACGGCCGAAGAAGGCCAAGUUCAAUCCUGCGUUGAUUGAUGCAGAUGAUACACCCACGCCUGACCGACCAACCCAGAACGGUACUGGACCCAAGAGUAACUCGGCUCCUGCGGCGGCAGCGAAACGAAAAGAAAGAUCACCAUCCCCUUCGCAGACCGUGCCACGAAAGCGGAAAGCCAGUCCUCCACCCAAAUCACCAGCAUCCCCAGACCAUCGCCGCAAACCAUCCUUCCACGACCCGACGACCCAACUUCCCCUCCGAGACCCAGAAUCACCGUCACGCUCGCCCACGCCAGCGGAUGAGCCUGGCCAAGGUACGUCGAAGACGAAGACAUCGUCCCUGGAAGCCGAGAUUGCCGCACUGAAAGCAUCGAUGCGGAGAAACGUGUCGACGACGGUUGGCGACACGACGCGCAAGCAAUCCGCACUGGAGGCUCUGAUUCCCGCGACGAGUACGCGGGGCCGCAAACGGCCUCGGCCGGGCCAAACUAACGCCAAAGACGAGGCGAGCGCGUUGAAGAUGUUGAAUGCGUUCAAGGCACGGCUCGAGCAGGCCGACAACUCAGGCAAGGGGGGCACGAACAAAUCCACACAGAACGGACAGCCACAGCCACAGUCACAGCCGCAGUCACAACCGCCAAACGACCCUGACGCCACGGUCACCUCGCAACCGGUUCCAGCCGACGACGAAGAAGCCGCUCUGUGCGACCUGCACUUCAUCGCCAACUGUCAGUCAUGUUCGCGCUGGGACGAGGGUGGCGGCGGCGCAGACGCCGAGCUCGCCGACGACGACGAUGGGGGCCAAUGGAUGAGCCAUUCGCUGACGUUUGCCAAGGACCGGCUCGGCAAGGAUCUGAUGUGGAAGAGGAAGAAUGAAGAGGAACUGGUGGUGAUAGAUCCGCGCGAGCGCGAGAAGGAGUUGAAGCUCGAACGGAAACGCGGCAAAGAGAAGAGGGAGAAGGAUAGAGGUCGCCGGUGA